AUGAACGAUUCUGAUGAAGAGAAAUAUUUUGAAGAAGAUGGUAAUGAAGAAGAGAAAAUAAAUAGUGAUGUAAAGAAUCGAGAUUCUUCGAAGGAAGAAGAAAUUGAUACCCUGGAAGAAUUUAUGUUAGAAAUAAAUAAAUUUAUAGAAGAAGAAGAAAAAAAAAACAAAGAAGAAGAUUUAGAAUCAUGUGAAUACAAAAAUUUGUAUAAUAAUAAGAUAAUUAAUAAAGGAAAUAUGGAUGCUCCAAAGUUCAAAGAUAAUAUUAUUAUUAGUACAAAUAAAAAUGAUUCUGUUGAAUAUAAAAUAUAUGAUAAUAGUCUUGAUGAUAAUGAUGUAACAGCUGAUAUAUAUGAGUAUCUUGAAAAACAAAAAGAAAUAUGUGAUAUGGAAAUUAAAAAGAAAAGAAAAAAAAAUACAGAGUUAGAAAGUAAUGAUAAAAAUUAUAUGGAAAAAAUAUAUAAUCAUAAUGAUAUGAAAUCAUGUGAUAGAAAAGAAGAUUUUAAAGAAUAUGAUAUAGAUGAUGAUGAUAAUAAAUUUUUGGAACAACAACAUAAGUAUUAUUAUCAUGAUGAUGAUGGUGAAGAGGUCAUUUUAGACGACAUUAAUUAUAAUAACAUUUCAUUGGAGGAAUUCAAAAAGGAUAUUUUUGUGAUUGAUGAAAAUGUUAAUAGUUUUACGUUAGAAGAAAGCGUAGAAUAUAAAAAGAAAAAUAAUAUAAUAAGUAUGGGAUUUAAUAUACCUAAACCUAUUUAUUCCUUAUUACAAAUAAAAAAUUUAAUAGAUAAUGAUAUUUUACAAAGAAUAUAUGAUUCAUAUUUAAGUACCUUAUUUCCCGUUCAAAGUAUGGUUAUCCCUAUUUUUUUAAGUGGUCGAGAUCAUAUAGUAACUAGUAAUUCUGGUACGGGCAAGACCUUAUCAUAUAUCAUAUCGUUGAUUAUACAUAUGAUGAAUUAUAAAAAGAUAAAGAAAAAUAGUUUAUGUGAUAUAGAUAAAAAGGAAAACUUAAAUUUCGAUAAAAACAAAAAUGAUUAUUUUAGCUGUUCUGCGGAUGCCUUAAUUUUAACACCUACAAAAGAAUUAUGUAUCCAAAUAUAUGAUGAUAUAAAUAAUAUAUGUUGUAAUAAAUUAAAAACUUCUGUUUUAUGUAGUGGAAUAGAUUAUAAGAAGAUAUAUAAUAAUAUAAGAAAAGGUACUGAUAUUGUAAUAUGCACUGUAAAAACAUUAAUACAUUUUGUUAAUAAAAAAUAUUUCUCAUUAGUAAAAAUAAAAUAUGUUAUUGUAGAUGAGUUUGAUUUAUUAUUUUCUAAACAGUUUGUACAUUUGGUAACAUCUGUUUUAAAAAAUAUUCGAACGGAUUCUAUCAAAGGUAUGUUUUCUUCGAUGGUAUCUGAACCUAUGUACGGAUUAGUAAAAACUUAUUUAAAUAAGAAAUAUAUUACUUUGAAAAUUGAAAAUAAGUAUUCUAUGAUAUAUGAAAAAUUUUAUAUUCUUGAGGAAUGCUCCAAAUAUAAUUAUUUAAUAGAUAAUAUAAAGAAAUGUUCUGAUAAAGGCCAAGGGUUUAUUUUUUGUAAUAGUAAAAAGAAUGUUAUGUUAUUAUAUGAUAAAUUGAAAAAAGAAAGAUCAUUUAAUUAUAUUUCUUUUGAUUUUAUAUAUGGAGAUUUACUUCAAAAUGAAAGAAUAUAUAAGUAUGAAAAAUUAAAAAAUAAAAAAACUAAUAUUUUAAUAACAACAGAUUUGAUGUCUAGAGGAAUAGAUCUUAUCAAUUUAAAUUUUGUUAUUAAUUAUGAUUGUCCUAGUGAUAUAUUUAUAUAUAUACAUAGGAUAGGUCGAUGUUCUAGUGUAAACAGUGAGGGCCAAGCAAUUACCUUCAUCCUUCCUUCUGAAAAAAAAAUGGCUUUCCUCAUUUAUACGCACUUAAAAAACAAGAAGCGAAAAAUCGAUAAAGAAUUAGAAGAUUUUAUUUUAAGUAAUAAUUUAAACAACGAUAUACAGAUGAAAAGUUAUAAAAGAAAAAUGAACAAUUCAAUUUUAAAUAUGCCCUUAAAAAAUAUACACAACAUGUACAAUGUAGUUGGUAAUAAUAUGAGUACGGAAAAUAGUUUUCUUCAAAAAAAAAAUUUAUUAGUAAAUAAGGAAAAUUCAACAAAAAAGUUGAACAUGAUUUCUGCCGAUGAUGUCUUAUCAUCAUCAUCAGAAGAUGAAUGA